AUCAAAAAUGUAGAUGCCCUUUGUGACCCGACUCAAUUUUGGGCCAAAGAUUUGUUGGUUCCUACAAGAUAUAUUAAAAAUGUGUUAUUGUUAUGUUUCAAAAUAUAUCACAGGGUUCUAGCAAACAUGUCACUCAUUGUUUAUUUAGUUCUUCUAUAUGUCUUCUGGUUCUUGACUGGGCAUUCGUUUAGAUCGUUUGCUGACGGUAUACGAAGAAGGCGAGUAAAUAACAAAUUACCUGUCCCUGAAGGAUGGAUACCCAUUUUGGGAAAUGGUCUACAGCUUCUUGGAAACCCUGAUAAUGUUUUCAAAGUUCUGAGGAAAUGGGCUCAACAAUAUUAUCCAAUUUACGCUGUACAUUUGGGGCCUAAAAUUGUAGUUUGCGUUUUUGGACCAGAUGAAGUAGAGGCAGUAAUAUCAACUACAAAACACAACACCAAAGCCGAUGUUUAUAGAUUCUUAAACCUUUGGCUUGGAACGGGACUUCUAACUAGUGCAGGUUUGAAGUGGCAACGGAGGAGGAAAAUUUUGACCCCAACUUUUCAUUUUAACAUACUUAAACUGUUUGUUAAUAUAUUCAAUAACGAAGCGGAUGGUUUGGUGAAAACAAUAUUGCAAAAUCCCGAAGAACGGGUUAUAAACAUAGCCCCGCUUAUUUCAGAUCUCACCUUGGGUGCGAUAAAUGAAACUGCAAUGGGAGUAAACCUUGGUACGUUCAGGGAACAGGGUUUAAGAUAUAAAGAGGCCGUGUAUGAAAUAUCGACAAUUGUGUACAAGAGAUUUGUACGGUUUUGGAAUGGGAUCGAUUUUUUUUACCACAACUUUUCUUCGCUGGCAAAAACCGAACGAAGCGUUGUCACUAUCCUUCAUAAUUUUACGAACAACAUCAUUAAAAAGCGCGAAGAAACAUUCAAGGCGUUUAACGUUCCUCUCGACAUCGAAGAGAACGCAUACGCGGUUAACACCGAUAGGCAUCAUGCGAUGUUGGACGUUUUGCUGAAUGCAAAAUUGAAUGACGGGAUCAUCGACGACGCUGGAAUUAGCGAGGAAGUAAACACGUUUGUUUUUGAGGGACACGAUACUACUGCAAUGAGCCUGAUUUUUACCUUGCUAUUGUUGGCUAACCACAAAGACAUUCAGGAUCGCAUUUAUGAAGAAAUUGUUGAAAGUUUAAAUAACAAUCUGGACAAAGAACCUUCUUACAACGAUUUACAAGAUAUGAAAUAUACGGAAAGAUGCAUCAAAGAAAGUUUGAGACUGUAUCCGAGUGUUCCGUUCAUUGGCAGAGUUUUAGAAGAAGACGUGUUUACUAGUCGUGGCAAAAUAGCAAAAGGGACAACGGUUUUCAUACACGUUUACGAUUUACACCGGACUUCAUCGUUGUGGUCGGAUCCCGAAAAAUUCAACCCCGAUAGAUUUUUAGCAGAGAACUCAAGUAAUAGGCACCCAUUUGCUUACAUUCCGUUCAGUGCCGGACCCAGAAACUGUAUAGGACAGCGUUUUGCUAUUUUGGAAAUCAAAUCAGCAUUGUGUGCACUUUUAAAGAAGUUCAAAUUGGAACCGGUAGACAGACCAGAAGAUAUCGUAUACAUACAGGACUUGGUGCUCAGGCCUAAAAAUGGUGUUAGAAUGAAAUUUAUUAGGAGAUAAUUGUUCGACCUUU